CAGGACAAGGAGCAGGCUGUCGGGAUCGAGCCCCCGGAAGUGGAGGUCGCCCCCGACCAAGCCAUCGCAAAGCGUUUCGGCGCGUUUGGCCCCUUUCUUGAGAAGCUCUUCGCGAGUGGUGUAGAAGCCAGAGGGGUGGAGCGCGUACCGGAGGAUCAGAGGGAAACAAGGAAUGUGUGGAACAAUUUGCUGAUGUGGUGGUCCGUCAACACAGUGUUGACUACCAUCCCAAUUGGGGUGCUGGGAAAGUACGUAUUUACACUCACGUUCCAACACGCUGUGGCCACCAUCCUGUGCUUCGGUUUUCUGGGUGCCAAUGCCACUGCCUUUGUCGCCACUCUAGGGCCUCAAACGGGCUUGCGGACCAUGAUCAUUACGCGUUAUAGCUCCGGCUAUAUCGGCUGCACCCUCUACUCUAUUCUCAACAUCCUCACGCAGCUCGGGUUCGCAACUACGGCAGUGAUCCUAGGCGGACAAACGCUCGCAUCCAUCAAUAGUUCGCAUGGUAUUCCACUUGUAGCCGGCAUUAUUAUCAUCGGCGUGUGUUCCCUGAUACCAUGCUUCGUCGGCUACAAUAUGGUGCACGUCUACGAGAAAUAUGCCUGGAUAGUUACGUUUUUUAUCAUGUGCUGUCUUUAUGGCCUCGGCGCAAAAGCGGGAUUUGACAUAAGUGCUCAAAAAUCAGCAGAGGACACCGGGAGAGCACUCAGCGCAGAUAUUAUUAGUUUUGGAGGUAUCGUGUUUGGCUCUUUUGCUGGGUGGGCGCCCGUCGCAGCAGACUAUAAUGUGCGGCUCCCCGCUGACACUCCAGCGCUCCGUGUAUUCACCCUCACUAUGUUUGGGCUUUAUAUUCCUGUCUGCUUUACCUCUAUCCUUGGCGCUGCUUUGAUCACUAUCACGGACCCAGAAUAUGUCGCUGCCUUUGGCACGGAUGGAUCAACUGGUCGUUUAAUCGCGCAGGUGUUGUCUCCUUGGGGAGGAGGAGGGAAAUUCUUACUGGUUUUGUUGGCCUUUAGCUGCAUUGCGAACAACAUCCCUAAUACCUAUUCUACAGCGCUGUCGAUUCAGGCUCUGGGGCGUCCGCUGGCCGUUGUGCCGCGCUUCAUUUGGGUCAUCUUUGCCUUCCUUGUCUACACCAUCGCGGGAGUUGCUGGCCGCGAGCACUUCUCAGAGAUCCUUAGUAACUUCUUGAGUAUCUUAAGUUACUGGACGGCAUUCUUCAUCGUCAUUAUGGCUGAAGAACACUUCAUCUUCCGAAGACCUGGCGGAAAGCUCGGAGGCUAUAACUUGGCAAAUUGGGACCAGCCAUCCAAACUUCCGCCAGGCUUUGCAGGUAUCCUGGCAGGAUGCUUUGGAGUUGUUGGUGCUAUUGUCGGUAUGGCGCAGGUCUGGUACACGGGACCGAUUGGUCAGAAGGCCGGUGCUACGUAUGGAGCUGACCUUGGCUUCGAACUUGCGGCGGCCUUCGCUGCGGUGACUUACCCUCCUUUGAGAUGGAUAGAGAUUAAGCUUACUGGAAGAUGACGAGACAUUACAUGUACUAUGUAUGCUACAGAAUAAGUCUUGAUAUUGUACUGGCCCGAACGUAGUUGAUGCCCAUACCGGCGAGAAACAAAGUCAUCCAGCUUCGUCAUAUUGUAACACUAGCGACGUGCUAGGUGAAAAGAUCGCACAACCGUGUUCACCAGGCCUCGCCAUCGACGACCACGCGGCAGUACAAACCAACCAACCGAAGGGUUAUGCUACACCGUUGAACGACAAAAUACGGCUCGUGUUGUGUACUCGUGUAGGUCACGAUAGUUAAGCAAGAAAGAUAACAUGUCCACGCGGGCUAGGAUUACCGUACGUAUCAAGGCCUAUUGAAAGCCUCAGCAUUAGCUUAAAUUCAGUUCACGGGCUUCAAUGCCCACCAAGCGAUGGAUUUCGCUCUGGAGACUGAUGGUAGCAGCCAAGUGAG